AUGUUGAUAAGUGGCCAUACUUGUGUUGAUGAAAAAGAACCUCUUCUAGAAGAAAUUGAAGAAAUAAAAGAAUACCACUUCCAUGUCUACUUUUUUCAAGAAAAUAAAGAAAGCCGCGAAGCCGCGGUUAAACUUCGAAAUAAAAUUAUCGAAUUAAUCGCUAAAGGAUUUUUUAACCCGGGAUCAUAUGAAGUGUGGUGUCCAAAAGAGCAUUUUUCAAGGGUGUACUCGUGGUUUCUUUUACAUAGGGGUGAGCUUUCAGUCAUGGUUCAUCCUUUGACAAUAAAUGAGGUCAAAGACCACACAGAAAAUGUGACUUGGAUGGGCAAAUCCAUACCCUUGGAUAUAGCUCAGUUAUCGGAUAAAUUGCCAGAAGUUCCUGCACAAUACCCAGAAUUAAAAAUGGGUUAUUCUGCACCAAAAUGA